GUUCACAGCGGUAUGGCGGGCGAAAAUAUGUCCAGAUCGAAGUUUGUGUUUUAUAUCUUUAUCUGUGUUACUUCAUUGAUUCAAAAUAUCAAUAGCAAGGAUUGUAACGUGCACAACAUCACCGUACAACCUGAUUUCGAUCUCCAGAAAUAUUGCGGAACAUGGUAUGAAGUGAAGUGGUUGGAAACUGUUUACAUACAACCAAGUCAGCAUUACGAAGACUACCGACACAUCUACACGUAUUCUGGUUCUGGUGAGAACGUCACCGUUGAUAUUGCAUGGAGAGAUCCAGCUAAUAUUAACAAGUGUGUUUAUAACACGGCACGUUUGAUUGAGAAAGAUGGUGAUGCAAAAAUAUGUUUUGUUACGGCCAAAGAACGCUUUUCUUACUGGGUGCUGAAGACGGACUACACGAGUUACGCAGUGGUUUACGGAUGUCACAGCGUAACCAGUGACGGGGCAUGCAAUGGAACCAGAUCGUGGAUUUGGAGUCGGACGAAAACCUUAUCACAAGAUAAAAUGGCCAUUGCGGAAACGGUUAUAUCCGAGAGACUCUGUGUGAACCAGUCGCUGUAUCUCAGUACACGACACAACAACGAAUGUCCACCUGAAAUAGUUUCAGCUGCAAACACUGACUCUGUGUCGAGAAGAUGGCUGCUGUUAUGUCUUGUGUUUGUCCUUGUUGGUCUCCCCGCUCUGUAGUAAAGCGGAUACAGCGAGAACAUUACAUCUAAAACAAUUCACGACUGCUAUUUGUAAUCAGAAAUAUAUAAUAGUUUGUUAUUGUAUAUACUUAUAGUGUGUCAAAUUAAAUACUGCAGGCGACAGUAGUUACAUACUUGUCUAAAACUGCUGCACGCAGCCUUUUAAUCAACAUAUACACCAUGCAUAUUGUAUAUAAACCCUAACUUUAAUAGAAAACCAAUUUGAGGCGAUUAGCUGCUUGUUUCAGAUAUAACGCAAAGCCUAUUUGACUAAUCUAGUGCCUCCCAAAAUUGUCACUUUAAUUUUAGUAGGGUAAGCACAAUAGUAGCUGGUACACUGAUGCUAGUCCAAAUUAAAUUACAGAAAUUUAAUGGCCAGAUAAACCAACAUUUUAUGUG